AUGUCUUCAAUUUUAGAAUCUGCAAAAGGUAUCAUUAAAGAAGCAAGGUAAAUAAUUAAUAAUAUAAAAUAGAGAGUUUGCUUAUUUAGGGAAAUAUCCAGAAGCCAUAAUGAAAUUCAAAUCUUAAAUUGAUACUCUAAGCCAAUAAUUGCCAAAAAAUUAAGGAGAUUAGCUAUUAUAUUAAGAAUGGAGCAAACUUGUAAAUGAUUUAAAAGAAGAAUUAGAUCUAACUUAAAUUUUAUUUGAUUUUACGAAAGGCAAUCCCAAUAGUAAUUUUGAAUUAAAUAAGAUAGGUUAGUAAUAACCAUCACCUUAAAAACCUAAAGUAGUUUAAGAAUGUCCAGAAUUUCAUGAAGACAACAGACAACCUCGAUUACCAUUCAAUUAAAUUCCAUUCCAACAUCAUUAACGAGAAAAUACUUCUCCAAGAUCAAAAGCAAAUUAAUUUUAAAUAUCACCUCCAAAAUAGAAGCCUUAAGAUCCAGAUGAGAUAUUUUUUGGUGGAUUAAGAGGAGGCAAUGACGGAAAGAAACCUAAUAGUAAUAAUAAUAAUAAUAAUAAUAAUAAUGGAAAUAACAUAAACCAGAAUUCAAGCAAUUAUUUCUAUAAUAAUAAUAAUAAUAAUAAUAAUAAUAAUUAUAAUAAGCGUCCUACUAAUAAUAAUCCUCCCGCAAAGGAUCCUGAUGUUUGGGAUCCUCCAUCAAAAAAGGCUGACAAACCAAAACAAUCUCAGAAAGAUCAAAAAUCAAAUAAUAUUUUUAAAGCAUAGGCACAACAACCCUAACAAAAAAAUAAUUAAAGAAGAGAAUAUGAUAAGCCUUGGAAAAAUAAUGCUGUUGGAGAAAAGAAACCAGUAGAGGGUUAAAGAAAAACAUUCCAUGAUCAUGUUUAUCCAGAUGGAAGAGGUCCAGAUAGUGAUUUAAUUUAAAUGAUUGAAAGAGAGGUUCUAGAUCUAACACCAAAUGUUUCAUUUGAAUAAAUAGCAGAAUUAGAAUUAGCUAAGGAUACAUUAUAAGAAGCUGUGUUACUUCCAAUAUUUAUGCCUCAAAUAUUUACAGGAAUUAGAAGACCAUGUAAAGGAGUAUUGUUAUUUGGUCCUCCAGGAACAGGAAAAACAAUGCUUGCUAAAGCUGUGGCUACAACUGGUAAAACUACAUUUUUCAAUGUUUCUGCUUGUACUUUAGCAAGUAAAUGGAAAGGGGAAUCUGAAAAAUUAGUUAGACUAUUAUUUGAAAUGGCUAAAUUUUAUGCACCUAGUACAAUAUUCUUUGAUGAAAUUGAUGCUUUAGGUUCUAAAAGAGGAGAUAAUGAUGGAGAUUCAGCUAGAAAGUAUAAUAUAAAUUUAAAUUCUUAGAGUUAAAACAUAAAUGUUAAUUGAAAUGGAUGGAGUUUCUGGUGCUGCUAGUUCUGGAGAAGAAAGAAAAACAGUAAUGUGUUUAGCAGCUACAAAUCGUCCAUGGGAUCUUGAUGAAGCUCUUAUAAGAAGACUUGAAAGAAGAAUAUGUAAAAAUACAAUAAUUAUAAUAGAUAUACCUUUGCCAAGUGAUACAGGAAGAAAAUUACUUUUUGAAAUAAAUUUAAAUUCUCUAAAGUUGUCACCAAAUAUUAAUUGGGAUUAAUUAGUUAAAAAAUGCGAAGGUUAUUCAGGUGCAGAUAUAGCUAAUGUUUGCAGAGAAGCUUCAAUGUUGCCAAUGAGAAGAAAAUUAAAGGAAGAAGGAGGAUUCUAAAAAUUAUAAUAAAAAUAUGAAGAUAUUUCAAGUAUUUUAAAUUAUUCAUCUUUAAGAUGUUGUAGAUGUUCCUUUAGAAUAGAAAGAUUUUGAUGAAGCAUUGAAGAUAGUUAAUAAAUCUGUUUCAACAGAAUACUUAAAGGAAUAUGAAAAUUGGAUGAAAGACUUUGGUGCUGGUUGAUA